AGAGAGAGAGGUCGUGAGGGAGCGCGUUACCCGGCAUGCAGCAGGCAGUGCGUUCGCACCAAGAUGGCGGCGCCUCUAAAUGAGUACGAAAAAGAAGCAGGCUGCGUUCCUAUUUUGCACUCGGAGGAAAUCAAAUCUCAAGGUCACUAUAACCACGGAUACAAUGAAACUCUUGGGCGCAAAAGCCACAUUGAUGAUUACAGCACAUGGGAUAUUGUCAAAGCCACACAGUAUGGAAUAUAUGAUCGUUGUUGUGAGCUAGUAGAAGCAGGCUAUGAUGUACGGCAACCUGAUAAAGAAAAUGUUACGCUUCUCCAUUGGGCUGCAAUCAACAACAGAUUGGAUUUAGUGAAGUACUACAUAUCGAAAGGUGCUAUUGUUGACCAGCUGGGAGGUGACCUGAACUCCACACCACUCCAUUGGGCAACUAGACAGGGUCAUUUAUCAAUGGUUGUACAGCUUAUGAAAUAUGGUGCAGAUCCAUCAUUAAUUGAUGGAGAAGGAUGUAGUUGUAUUCAUUUAGCAGCCCAGUUUGGACAUACAUCUAUUGUUGCUUACCUAAUAGCCAAGGGACAGGAUGUUGAUAUGAUGGAUCAAAAUGGAAUGACACCUUUAAUGUGGGCAGCUUAUAGAACACACAGUGUGGAUCCUACUCGGUUGCUGCUUACUUUUAAUGUUUCAGUGAAUUUGGGAGACAAAUAUCAUAAGAAUACAGCAUUACACUGGGCAGUUCUAGCAGGAAAUACUACAGUGAUUAGUCUACUGUUAGAGGCUGGAGCUAAUGUUGAUGCCCAAAAUAUCAAGGGAGAAUCACCACUUGAUUUAGCAAAGCAAAGAAAAAAUGUUUGGAUGAUAAAUCAUCUUCAGGAGGCAAGGCAAGCAAAAGGUUAUGACAAUCCAUCUUUUCUCAGGAAGCUGAGGGCUGAUAAGGAAUUUCGUCAGAAGGUGAUGCUAGGAACACCAUUCCUAGUUAUUUGGCUGGUUGGAUUUAUAGCAGAUCUUGAUAUUGAUUCUUGGCUAAUCAAAGGACUAAUGUAUGGUGGUGUUUGGGCUAUGGUUCAGUUUCUUUCCAAAUCAUUCUUCGAUCACUCCAUGCAUAGUGCUCUGCCUCUUGGAAUCUACCUAGCAACAAAAUUUUGGAUGUAUGUGACGUGGUUUUUCUGGUUUUGGAAUGAUCUCAGUUUUCUCUUUAUCCACCUUCCAUUUCUUGCUAAUAGUGUUGCACUUUUCUAUAAUUUUGGGAAGUCCUGGAAAUCAGAUCCAGGAAUAAUUAAAGCCACAGAAGAACAAAAGAAAAAGACAAUAGUAGAACUUGCAGAGACAGGAAGCUUGGAUCUCAGUAUAUUCUGCAGUACUUGCUUGAUACGGAAACCAGUGAGAUCCAAACAUUGUGGUGUAUGCAAUCGAUGUAUAGCCAAAUUUGAUCAUCACUGCCCAUGGGUGGGUAAUUGUGUAGGUAAGUAUUGUUUAGAGAUACUGACCAGUGUGUUUAUUUUAUCAAAUAUGCUUUUUAUUUUAAACAAACAUUGUACUUCAGUUUUUAUAUACCUAGCAAUGCAUUUUUAUUCUAGACAAAUAAGUGAGCAUAGCCAAUCUUGUGCCUGUGCAUUUGGUAUAUAUAGAAGUCCAGAAUGUUCCAUUUCAACUCCAGGUCAUGCUAAUCUGGCUGUACCAGGAGCAGGCAAUCACCGUUAUUUCAUGGGAUAUUUAUUCUUUUUACUCUUCAUGAUCUGCUGGAUGAUUUAUGGCUGUAUCUCUUACUGGGGAAUCCACUGUCACACAAGUUAUACAACAGAUGGUUUUUGGACGUACAUUACACAAAUUGCCACUUGUUCGCCUUGGAUGUUUUGGAUGUUUUUGAACAGUGUGUUUCACUUCAUGUGGGUUGCUGUACUAUUAAUGUGUCAAAUGUAUCAGAUUUCUUGUUUAGGUAUUACUACAAAUGAAAGAAUGAAUGCCAGACGAUAUAAGCACUUUAAAGUAACAACAACAUCUAUUGAAAGUCCAUUUAACCAUGGAUGUAUAAGAAAUAUUAUAGACUUCUUUGAAUUCAGAUGCUGCGGUUUAUUUCGUCCUGUUAUUGUGGACUGGACACGGCAGUAUACAAUAGAAUAUGACCAAACCUCUGGAACUGGCUACCAGCUGGUUUAACUCCCACUUCCAAUCCGUGAGCAUAUCAGAUCUGAGCGGUGCCUGGAAGUUUGUUUCUUUUGAAUCCACGUCACUUGAACAGUAGCAUGUUAUGAAUAGAGCUAACAGUGAAUCUAAUGGUACCUUCUUUGCAUCUGUUUUAUUAACAGAAGUUUUAAAAAAGGACAGAAUAAACUGCCAAUCCUGACAAUGAGGAAGAAGAAGGGAAUUUUAACUGUUCUUACUACAGGAAUUACUCAGAAAGACAUAUUCACACAAUUAUAUUUUAGUUUCACAAUGAAGCAUGAAUUGUUAAAAAUACAAACAGAAUAAAGUCAUGCUGUGCUGAAGAUUCAAUAUUUAUUUCAUAAUUUCAACAAUUUCAUUUGAAGUUAAAUUUUAUGAAGCUAACAGAUCUUGAGAUCAUUGUAUUAUAUUUACUGCAAUGGAAUUUUGUAUAGAUUUGCUGUAGUAUUAUGUGCAUUGAAAAAUGUACAUUAAAUACUGUAAUGAAUUAUGUAGUUUUGUUGGGGUCUACCAUAAAUUGUGAAGUUGAGGAUGUUUGUCACAAAACUCUUACCUAAAUGUAACGGUAAUUAUUAUCAGUUGUUAGGGCUGAUUUAUUUCUGAUACAAUAAAUUACUUAUAAUUAAUCUUAUAUGAAAUUGUAUAUCCCGGGCAGAAAGAAACAACAUAGAGCAAAUCAACUUUUCUGCCUAAUACAAAACACCACUUAAGUGCAUGAUGAUACUUUCUAAAAUUAGACUACAAAAUAAAAUAAAUAUCUGCAAAAAUUGAAGAAAAAUGUAAUAUAUGCUGUUAGUACAACUUUGUUUCAUAAGUAAUGUGAGACAUUGUGCAUGAUAUAUUCUACUGUCAUUAGAAAAUUGGUAAACAAAAUGUUAUAUGGGAGCCAAAAAAAAUCAAAGGUUAAAUUCUUAGUAAUUAGGAUAUGAUUGUUAUUAUAUUGGAUGCAGUUCCAAGAAAUAUAGCUAGAUUAAAAUAAUGUUUAAAAAGAUAAAAUAAAUUUAAGCUAAAUUUAUUUCUUUGUAGCACAUGUAAGUUAACGAUAUUACAGGUGUCAUGAAUUAUAUGGUAUGUUGGUAAGUGGAAAAAUAAACUUAGUUUCAAAUUAUGAAAUUUGAAAGGCAAGGAGUGGUGUAAAGUCACAUUCCAGAAGCAUUUUUGUUGUUGUUGAAUGUGAUGCACUGAUUUUCAGUUACAGCAUUUUUAUAUAUUCCUUGUGAAUUUUUCACUGCUUUUUUAAAUAUUGUUUACAGAGAGACUUGAAAUAUGUUUAGGUUCUCUUUAAGUGCUGUAGCAGUAUAGUGGUUCAAGAAUCCUGUGAGGAGGAUCUAGGGAAGGGAUCUUUAAUACAGAAAUAGAGACCAGUGUAAAGAAUAUGUAUCUGUAUAUAAAUAAUUUAUCAACUAGUUUUUUGUAAGUGUGUGUGUAUGUACAUGUGUGUAUGUUAGUAUAUUUAAAA